AUGAGCAGAGGCAUCGCCAGCCUCCAGCGGAAGACGGAGCGAACGCUGCGCACCGUGUCCUCGAGUUGGAUCUCCCAAGCCUGGAGCGACCUGGAUGUGGCGUUUGAGGCCAAGGAUCCCGAGGCCCUCCGCCACGCGGCGGACGAGUGCAGUGCAGCCCGGGGCGCGUGUGCGGCCGCGGGCACGCAGAGCGCCCGGCCGGAUGCCGUGAUGUUGGACAAGCUGGCGGCUUCCCUUCGGAUCUGCGAUGGCUCUUCCAGCUUCGGUAUGGAGGCCAGCCGCCUCAUGGCCUUCGCAGACGUGCGCCGCGCGCUGGCCCGGCGGCUGGGUGAGGCGGCUGAGGACCCUUCCACGAGCCUCUCGCUAUCUGCAGCACUGAACGCGGCCGCCAGCCGCGGUUGCCUGCCAGGAGAUGCGGCGGACGACUGCGUCGGCCGCGCGCAGGCGUUUCGACGGCAGCUGCUUGAGCGACUCCCGUCAAGGUGGGGCCUCUGGUCUUCGAGUCUGCUCAGCCGCGCGGCGGUUCUGUGGGAGGCCAGCACGUGCCUGGCGCGAGUGCAGAAGGCCAUCGCCUUCUCCAGGACCUCCGGGGCACCGAAUGCUGAGCUCGAGCCUGCGACUGCCCUGGAGCAGCUCUUUGGCACCUUGGCGGCGGCAAGUGCGGUUUAG